UUGGUAACAUCCGGGGGUCGGACAAGGAUGAACGCCAAUUUCCAAGAUGGCGGCGGAGGGAGGAGGGAAGGAGAUGAACGAAAUUAAAACUCAAUUCACCACACGAGAAGGUGUCUACAAACUCCUCACUCACUCCGAAUACAGCCGCCCGAACAGGGUGCCUUUCAACUCGCAGGGCUCCAAUCCCGUCAAGGUCUCCUUCGUCAAUGUAAACGACCAGUCCGGCAACGGCGACAGGAUCUGUUUCAAUGUGGGCCGGGAACUGUACUUUUAUAUCUACAAAGGCGUGAGAAAGGCUGCAGAUCUUAGUAAACCCAUAGAUAAGAGGAUAUACAAAGGAACGCAGCCCACAUGUCAUGACUUCAACCCCCUCACAGCUACAGCAGAGAGCGUCUCCCUCCUGGUGGGCUUCUCAGCGGGCCAGGUGCAGCUCAUAGACCCAAUAAAGAAGGAAACCAGCAAACUCUUCAAUGAAGAGAGACUCAUAGACAAGUCCCGAGUAACGUGUGUAAGAUGGGUUCCUGGUUCAGAGAGCCUGUUUUUGGUGGCUCACUCCAGUGGCAGCAUGUAUUUGUACAACGUGGAAAACACCUGUGGCACCACGGCACCCCACUACCAGCUCCUUAAGCAGGGUGAAAACUAUGCUGUGCAUACCUGCAAGAGCAAAUCAGCUCGCAACCCAUUGCUGCGCUGGACAGUGGGCGAAGGUGCACUCAACGAGUUUGCCUUCUCCCCGGACGGCAAGUUCCUGGCUUGUGCAAGCCAGGAUGGCUUCCUGCGUGUGUUUGGCUUCGACGCUGCAGAGCUCCACGGAACAAUGAAGAGCUACUUUGGUGGUUUACUGUGUGUGUGCUGGAGCCCAGAUGGACGAUAUAUUGUGGCAGGAGGGGAGGAUGACCUGGUGACAGUGUGGUCAUUUACAGACUGCAGAGUAAUUGCACGGGGGCAUGGUCACAAGUCGUGGGUGAGUGUGGUGGCAUUUGACCACUGUACCACCAGCGUGGAGGACGGUGACCCCCCCGCUGAGUUCAGUGGUAGUGAUGAGGAGUUUCAUGAGCAGGUUCACUUUGGUGCGGGCAGAGACAGAGCUAACAGUGCUCAUUCUCGGCUUUCUAAGAGAAACUCUACAGACAGUAGGCCUGUUAGUGUGACCUACAGGUUUGGCUCAGUGGGUCAGGAUACCCAGAUGUGUCUGUGGGACCUAACGGAGGACAUUCUCUUCCCUCACCUCCCUUUGUCCCGCACUAGGACUCACACUAAUGUUAUGAGUGCCACAAGCCCUCCAGCCACUGGACAAACUACUACUACUACUACUACUACUACUGUAUCCACCACUAAUCCCAGUGGCACCAAUGGUACAGACAAUGCGAGCAAUAGUAGCGCCAGUGGCAACCCAGCUAACUCCCUCCCCAGCACCCUGCCUCGGUCCAACAGCUUGCCACAUUCCUCCAACCCGACAGGUGGCAGCACACCCAACAGCCACACAGGCAGCAACAGCAGCAGCACCAAGGGCAACAGCAUCAUUGAUAGUGCUUUCAUUGCCACUGGCGUCAGCAAGUUCGCAACUCUGUCAUUACAUGACUCACGCAAGGAGCGCCACGAGAAGGACCAUAAGCGAAACCACAGCAUGGGCCACAUCAGCAGCAAGAGCAGCGACAAGCUCAACCAGCUUAGCUCAACACGGACGGCAAAAGCUGAAGCAGCAAAGACUCUGGGCACGACGCUGUGCCCGCUCAUGGAGGACGUGCCGCUGCUCGAGCCGCUGGUGUGCAAGAAGAUCGCUCACGAGAGACUCACGGUGUUAAUCUUCCUUGAGGACUGUCUGGUAACAGCCUGUCAGGAGGGGUUCGUUUGCACAUGGGCUAGGCCUGGGAAAGUGGGAUUGCUAUCAUCUCAAAACAACCCAGCCAACUCCCCCAGUGGAACAGUAGUAUAGCCCCAGUGCUGGUGCUGGUAAUGACAGCUCCAUGCAACAGAGACGGGGAUGACCAAGGCCAAGGCCCUGCAGCGCUUCUUCGCACACUUGUCACACACCACAUGACCUCCAGUGUCACCUUCAUUCUCAUCACUACAACCACCCAGAUGCUCUGUUUGUGUUAUUGCUCAUGUUUAGAUAACCGAUGUUGGCCAAGCCAGGCUUAGAAACAUGACCCCCCCCCACACACACACACACACACACACACACACAACUCCCUUGUGUCUGGGUGUUUCAAAAGGCACUAUUGGAAGUAAGAGGUCAAGCUUUCGUCCAGGAGGUUUGUGGGAGGGGUUGACUGGCUCAUUGUUCCAUUUAUGGUCAUAUCAAGUCGCAUCUAGUCUAAAAAUAACAAACUCUAGAACCCAAUCCUUUGUGCCUGUAGAUCUUCAAAGACUAGAGAUGCUGUAAGCAUUGUGGUGAUGCCUCAACCUAACCUUUUGUAUGGGUUUAAUUGGACAUUCUACCUAUAUUUUGUUUUAUUAAAACAAAGUUACAGAUAAAGGGAGUAAGAUGAGGGAUAGUUUUGGAGCAGCAGCACAUCCCCAAUGCCAAGUCUUUUUCAAUUUGUCACUUCCUGGGCGAUCCCUAUGUGCAGCCCCUGUCCUCGACACCUGUUCAAGAAAGACCAGAGCUUUUUACUUCCUUUAGAAAUAUUUUAAUCAAAGGUAUCACACUUUAAAGUGUAUUUGCACAGAUUUUGUUUUCAUUCUUGUUUCUUUUUCCUAUUUUGAAUUCCUGGCGAUGGAACACAAGCGAAAUAUUUUGAAGACAGCUUUGGAAGCACUUGGGGGGGAAACGACUUGUUAUUGCCAUCUGUCUCAACGCUGGAUGCUGCAAUGAUAGUUUUUUAUAUGGAAAAAAAUUGUUUGCACUUAAUAGUUUGUUAGAGGAGAAUGGCUUUACAUUUUUGGAGUGUGUAAGGACUCCUUGACAAGGUUGAAAUAUAAAUAGAAUUAAAAAAAACUUUGUAUCUAUUGAACAUUUAUUUUAAUAUUGUUUCAGAUUAAAUGGGCUCUGUAUUAUAUGUAAAUAUUGUACUUCAAUGAUUUAUGGGUGAAACGAUCAUUAUUACAGUAGUUCAAAGAUCCUCAUUUCCGAAAAUAGUGAUAUUUCUAAUACAGAAAAUCUAUACAUAAUAUUAAAAAGAAUCUUGAAUAUGCAGGUGAAGAUGUUUCUUUUCUGUUGUACAUAAAGAGAAUUCAGGUGUAUUUUUAUUAAUUAACUGUUUGGUAUAGGAGAUGUCUAUGAAUCCUCGUAUCUAACAGGUAGUGCUGAACGCUAGCUAGCCUGCCGCUGCAGAUUCCUUUUAGAACAGGCAGGUGAGGCGCAGGCGCAGCGGUGUUAUUCAGCCAUCACUCCGAGCUCAGGUAAACCACAGGAAGACUAACGCUGGCGUAGACCCCCCACCACUAGUCCCAUCCAUCAACACGUGUGUGAAUUCACUUUAACUUACAAAUAAGACUUGACAACCAUGUUCUGCAGACAGGGCUGAAAUAUGAGUCCUUUCAUUGUGAGUAAUAAUUACAGAACUGAUGCUGAAGUUGUGAACAAACAUUUGACACUGUGUUCAACCCCGCCUGACUCCGCGCUUGAUCGUGGCGUUAAGUGCUUGAGGUGAACGUGUUUUCCAAGCACCUACGUAGGAAGACUGAGGACUUUUAACAGUGGGAGCCUUUUUCCUCCAUGUGACGCCUAUUAAAACAGCUUUGACAGAU